AUGGAGAAUGAGUUAAGAAGAGGGAGUUUAAGCUGUGAAGAUGGCGGGAGAACUAGACUCGAUGAAGAAGAAGCGGGAGAAAGAAGGGAGGGGUCUAAUCGGCCACAGCUUCUCGACCGCCAGCCAUCGCCUCUCUCCUCUGCACCGCCUUCAACCUCACAGGUGAUCGAGAAAAGGUUAGAGAAUCUUGACGUAAAGUUCUUGACGGAAAUUGCCUCAUACAUCGAGAUUUGA